AUGAACAAGGCGAGGGAGCGGCCCACGUGGCCCUAUAUGGGCGCGCAAGUAGCCCUCUAUCAUGAUUUAUCCCCGAUGACGCUGGACGCCCGGAGAGCUCUUUGGUCAGUUACCGCCAUGCUGAGGGAACGUGGGAUCCCGUACAAAUGGGGGUUCCCGUUCGCCCUUCUUGCUCGUGCCCAGGAUGGAUGGAUCUCUGCCCGCCACCCGGAUGACGUGCUGAGCCUGUUGGAGGGACAGGGCCUGCCGCCUAUGCUGGUCUGCAACUGGAUCAUGGAGUCACUGGGCCCACGACCCCGACCUCAGAGAAUGCCCCGGCGGCGAAGAGGGGCGACCCCGCCGGGUCCCCCGCCACGUAGACGUCCGGACCACAGAGACCCAGGGGAGUGA